AUGCUCACGACCACGAUUAAGAAGGUUAUCAAGAAGAAAAGCAACGACGAAUGUCAGUGCAUUGUUCUCGGUGCACCUGCGCCAAUUCUCGGGACACCUAUCGGUAGACGUAAACAACGCAUACUCACUGUAGCACCGUCAGAGCAAGUUGGGAUAUAUGAAAAAAGAUGGGUCACGGACACCACGAACCUUUUCAAAUCCCCAACUAUUCGAUAUAUAACAACUACAAACAAUUCCCUGAGUUGGCGGCUCAUGAAAAGCGACUGGCUCAAGUCGGCCUCAAGGAUCCUUGGAUUAGGAAUUAUGUGUACAUGUAUGACCGUGAGUAUCCUCAUGUUCGUGGGCAGUGGAACCAUUUCAAGAGGCUGGUCUUUCCUGGAUGGAAAUUGGGCGUUGGAGUUGCAGUGGCCAUGAUUGCGAUCGAAGAAGGUUAUCAAUAUUAUAAACAUGGAACGACGUCAUGGGAUGCUCAUCAUUGAAAAUGACUACUGUUCAUAUUUAUAGGACGAUAAAUAGUUCUAGCUCAUUGCGUU